AUGCCCAUGCCCUUGUUCACCCCCUUCCGGCCCGUCCACCAGCGGAGCCGUUAUGCGGAGUCUCCUGAGGAACUUCCCAGUGCCUCUGCAGGAUCCCAUAUCACGACUAUAUCGGAUCCGACGCCUAUUACACUGGGACUACAAGAAGAGCAGUCUCCGUCACCGCCUCGGUUACCGCUCCAUCCUGACCGGCAUGACACUGAUCCUUCCACCAGCUGGCUCUCUGUUUUCGAUGACUACACAAAUAAUGAAAUCACGCCGCCCUUCGUAACUGAUUAUGGGCCUAUAUUACAUCCCACCAGACCGGAAACAAUUCUUCCAAUCGACCCGGCAAUUCUCGGUGACGAGACGCCCUGUGCAUUAACACACGACUGGCAAGAUAGUGGUGAUAGUGGUUUUGUGUCCUUCGAUGAGCUAUCACAAGAAUCAGACUCUAUACGGGACCACUUUGCAAGCACUCCCGAUCCUCAGCCUGGACAACAGAGUACCAGACUUGGAGCUCUUCCCUCGUACGAUCGUCUUGAUCAACAGACUCACCUUUCGGGUGCUCAUAUAACCGAAGCAGAAACGGCCACCGCACCUGCGUUGCAAUCCACUGGCGGUGGCAGCAGCCAAGAGUUCAAUAAGAGACGGAGCACGCCGGAGUACGAUUCAGAACAGCCAUCUAAAAGAGUUUGCCCCCGCACCGCGCCAAGUGAGAAUGUGAACCCGCCCCUCCUUCCUACGCUUUGUUCUCAUUUCUUGACUGCGCCUAAGGAUGUGUAG